UCGCCCUACCUGCCUCUUCGCCCAAGGAAACGCUUUACAGGUCAAACGGUCCACUGCGUUCGCUUGCCUGUCCGAACACCCUCCACCCGAACACAUUUGCUGCCGUCCCCUUCCCCUGGAUGACAGUGAAGACUUGGUAAUUCCUCUGUCCUCGGACGAAAAGAAAGGACCAGGUGUCUGACACCCCAAGUCCUUACCAUCUCGAUGACAGUAGCCCUGCCGCUGACAUCGCUGCCUGUAGCCACACGGCCGAGCAUGAUGUCCAAGGAUAUGGUACAGCAGCAUUACCACGACGCAGCCCCGGUGGCUAGCAGCAGUAGGACUAUCUAUGAUGCCACUCUCGAUUAUGGAAACCAAAGCACUUCUGCUGCGAGGAACGCAUGCCAGUGGGAGGCCUCAACUUCCCAAUUGCCCCCGUCUGGACCUUCGGUGGAGUCCGCGUCAUCAUCAAAUGCAAACCUCAGCGUCUCUGCUAUACCUCCGCAGAAGCAACAAGCUAUGUGGUCCCCGAAGAGGCGGCGCUCCAGCGCGCCGCCCAAGAACAGUACGGAUGCCUUGGCAAAGUGGUUCGCUGAGCUGAUUAGCUGGAUCUGGUUUUCGCCUUCUUCGAGCACAUUGGUUGGAGCCUCGCGGCCUAUGACACCUGUCCGAAGCCCGACAGCUGCCUUUGCCCCUCAUCAACCUUCUCCACUAGCUACUGCUGGCAAAAGGACAGGGCCCACGUCGAGCAGCGUUUCUGGCGAUGACCGCUUUGCAAUGCUCGGCGGUACCUCGGUGUCUGCGCCUUCCACUGCAGUCUGGCAGUCGGCAGAUACAGAUCACCAGUUGCGAAGGGGAACAGGCGCCUCCAGCGGAUGGACCAAUGGCUCCUUCGACGAUUGCUCCUCGCCCGACCGUCGUUUCCAUCCUCAGGAGAAGUUCGUGGCUUUCAUCCGAGACACUAUCAAGACUACACAAGUCUCGACGUCUGUUCUCAUUCUGGCUCUGCUCUAUGUCCAGCGGCUCAAGCUGCAACAUCCCAAGCUCCGGGGUCAGGAAGGCUCUGAAUAUCGACUGUCCGUGACCGCCAUGAUGCUCGGCAACAAGUUCCUAGAUGACCACACCUAUACGAACAAGACGUGGUCUGACAUCAGUGGUAUCCCUCUCAAAGACAUCACAAAGAUGGAAGUCGAGUUCUGGCUGGGCUUGCAGAUGCGCAUAUACGUCCACCAGGAUGACUAUGAAGCAUGGCUCCAGACUAUUGACGACCUCUUCACUCAACGAACGCAAGCAUUGUGGAAGAGGGAGCAGCGCGAAUCAGCUAGGCGCAAGGCUGCGGCUCAGCAACUGUCGCCCAAGCCUUACCCUCCUCUGCGCUACUCCUUCUCGCAGCUUGGCUUCUGCCCUUCUAGCGAGAGUCACCUUCCCUCACAGCAGUCGCUACCUCAAGCCUGGUCGCCAUCCCACCCAUUCCCUCCCGUUAACCAGGAAGGUGGUGGCGCCACAAGUCCGAGCCCACUGUCACAGUACUCGACGUAUUCAUCGGCUCCCACCGCAAGCAGCGCCGCUUCGACAUGUGCCACGAGCACUCUCCCAAUGGCCGGAGACAAUGUCUUCGCAUACUCCCCCGAGCAGCGAAGGAUGUCAGCUCGCAAGCUUUCACCCUUGUCGACUGGCAGCCGAUCCGGCUAUGGCUCGCUAUCUUCUACGACGGCUCCAUCCUCGAUGCCCGCAAUGACUGGAUGGCAACACUCAACUCAUCUGGGUGCUCCCAGGCUGUCUUCUGGUGGCAACAGCGGCAGCAGCAGCAUUGACAGCAGCGCCAACUCGCUGUCUCGCAAGCGCGGCAGAGAAGAUCAGCUCGAGACAGGUGACGAGGCAAACAACAUCAACGGUCGUGAAAGCAAGCGUGCAGGUCUCACACCAUCUGCAGAAGCUCCUUCGCUCGACGGCUACCCCUGUCGCAGCUACUCUCGAGCAAGCAGCGCCGGCGCCUUCGGUGCAGAGCAGCUACCUCAGACCACUCAUGCAGGCUCUGACUACCUGGCUUCUCGCAAUGACAGUGUCGGUGCGCCUUUCCCGGACGAUGCUCUCUACCGUUCGAUCUUCGCAGAGCCGCUGACUCCCAACUGCUUGACUCAAGGCUACGUUGGCCCACACGGCCUUCCUGCCGGCUUUCAAGGUAGUGGGGACGAUCGAGGUCUGGCCUUCUACCAGCUUGCUGCUGGCAAAGACUUGGGACUGCCAGCUCUGCACCUACCCCCUCCCGUCUCUUACUUUGGUGGCUCGAACGGCGCUCCUUGGUCUACCGGAGGAAACAAUGCGGCUGCUAAUGCUGCCACCGCUGCCGCCGCUUCCGCUGCCAGGAGGGGUAGCCUGAAUUUGGCUGCAUUUGCCUCUCCGCGAGGAUCUUGGCAGACGAAUGCAGGUCAUCAGAGUGGCUCGCUGUCGAUGUCGCACUCUCCCUCGAGGCAGGCUCUGCCGAUCCGCCCGCUUCGUCUGUCACCAGAGGCGUACGGUUUCAGCUACGGAAGCUCCGCCUCUACCUCUGGUCCAUCCAGUCAACUAGCCAGUGCUGUGCAGCCCACCUCUGCGCCACUGACCACUGGUGGUAUCAACCAGAAUGCGGCGUCGACCGAAGGGGACAAUCGCAGUCGAUGGAUGCCCUUCAACAAUGUGCCCAUGAACAUGCAAUUGGAGCAGAUGCAGCAGUGGCAUCAAAUUCAGUAUCAGCAGCAGAUGCGUGCACAGGAGGAAGAGGAGAGGAGGAGGAGAAGUAGUCUAGGUGGACUCUUUGCCGCUGGUCGCUACUGAGAUCUCUUUUGGCAAAGGCAGGUUCGACUGAGACGACUACCAGAUAGACGCUUCGGGGCCGAGCACCGCUCCGGCUCACC